AUGUUCAACAAUUUCGUAGAAAACUCGUUCUAUCUUCUCAAAUUAGAUCCGGAUAACAAAGUUUCCGACGAAUACUAUCAAAAGGAGGUUACAAACAACGAACCAACAACCUCACCUGCAAACAUGGGGGAAGAUGAUCAGAUGCAAAAGGUGACGGUAAAAGGAGAUGAGUUCAGCGGAUUCAUUGGAAAUAUCGCUGGAAACUUGAUUCGUGAUCGGGUUGGAGGCCCAGCCGGAGACAUUCUAGGUGGACUUGCCGGAAAUGUUCUUGGUGGUGGCGGCGGUGGUCGUGACCCCAUGAGCGACCUCAUCGGCGGCUUCCUUGGCGGAGGAGGAGGUCGUGGAGGAGGCGGUGGAGGUUACAAUGGUGGUGGAGGUUUCGGCGGUGGCGGUGCUUACGAUGGAGCUGGUUUCGGCGGCGGUGGUGGUUACACCGGUGGCGGCGGCGGUGGCCGUGGACCGAGUGGAGGUGGCGGUGGAUUUGAUUUCAACAAUCUCGGAGGCGUCAUCAACACAAUUGGUGGUCUUAUCGGCGGUGGCGCUGGACAGUAUAAUGGCGGAGGUGGUAACAUCAAUCCCAACCGUUUGAAUGGUGGAAUGGUGAACAUCAUUGGUGAAUUGAUUGGUGAAGCUGCUCAUCGUUUUUUGGGUGUAGAUCCAGCCACUGGAAGAAUUAUUGGUGCCGUAGCUGGAAAUGUUAUUAUGGGACUUGGAGGCAAGGAUAACUCACUUGGUAAUAUUGGAAAAGUUAUCCUCGAUAACAUCAUUUCCGGAAAAUUCAGGAGAGAUGUGGACCCAUUCGUACGUCCAGAACCACGUCCAGGUCCAGUUGGACCAAGCCCAAUUAGACCUGUUCCAUCACACGAGCCACUGGAUUUCUAUGCUGAGCGAGACAGAUGUCUUCAAGAAAAGCGACUCUUUGAAGAUCCACAUUUCCCAGCACAGGAUAGCUCGCUAUUCUUCAGCAAAAGACCACCAAAGAUGAUCGAAUGGCUCAGACCUGGAGAGAUUGUUCGUGAGCCCCAGCUCAUCACCGAGGGACAUUCACGUUUCGAUGUUAUCCAGGGUGAACUUGGUGACUGCUGGUUGCUAGCUGCUGCCGCCAAUUUGACGCUGAAAGACGAACUGUUCUAUCGUGUCGUUCCUCCAGAUCAGUCCUUUACUGAGAACUAUGCCGGUAUUUUCCACUUCCAAUUCUGGCAGUACGGAAAAUGGGUAGAUGUUGUAAUCGAUGAUCGUCUACCCACAUCAAACGGCGAGCUACUCUACAUGCACUCCAAGAGCAACAACGAAUUCUGGAGUGCUUUGCUGGAGAAGGCAUAUGCUAAGCUUUUCGGCUCAUAUGAAGCUCUAAAGGGAGGUACCACAGCCGAAGCUCUUGAAGAUAUGACUGGUGGUUUGACAGAAUUCUUUGAUCUACGUCAGCCACCUAGAAAUCUGAUGCAGAUGAUGAUGAGAGGAUUCGAAAUGGGCUCGUUAUUUGCUUGCUCGAUCGAGGCCGAUCCAUACGUUUGGGAAGCGAAAAUGUCCUGCGGCCUUGUAAAGGGUCACGCUUAUUCCAUCACUGGUAUGCGCAUUGUAAAUGGUCCAUAUGGACAGACAUGCCUUCUUCGUAUACGAAAUCCAUGGGGUAACGAGCAGGAAUGGAACGGUCCAUGGUCGGACAAUUCUGAAGAAUGGCGUAGUGUAUCUCGCCAAGAGAAAGAAGAUAUGGGCUUACGCUUUGAUCACGAUGGAGAGUUCUGGAUGAGCUUUGAGGAUUUCAUGAAGUACUUCGAAAAGAUGGAAAUUUGCAAUCUGGGACCUGAUGUUAUGGAUGAAGUCUAUCAGAUGACUGGAGUACGAGCCCCGGGAAUGGUUUGGGCAGCAAACACCCACGAUGGAGCUUGGAUCGCUAACCAAACAGCAGGAGGCUGCAGAAACUACAUCAACACUUUCGCAAACAAUCCUCAAUACCGUGUACAGUUGACGGAUUCUGAUCCCGAUGAUGAUGACGAGCUGUGCACUGUUAUCUUUGCCGUUAUGCAAAAGUAUCGAAGAAACUUGAAAGCUGAAGGCUUAGAUAAUGUUCCUAUUGGGUUCGCCGUCUAUGACGCUGGAAACAUACAUGGACGAUUGUCGAAGCAGUUCUUCCAAGCUAACAAGUCUUCGAUGAGGAGUGCUGCCUUCAUCAACUUGAGAGAGAUGACUGGUAGAUUCCGUGUUCCACCCGGCAACUACGUAAUCGUACCAUCAACAUUUGAGCCCAAUGAAGAAGCCGAAUUCAUGCUUAGAGUGUACACAAAUGGAUUCAUUGAAUCAGAGGAACUCUAAAACAACAACGAAAUCUGUCUGCUAAGUAAUGCGCGAUCUUCUCUAGUGCUUUUGUGCUCGCCUUUGUUGUGUUCAGUAUUACUUCUCCUACUUUGUGAAGUACUUUGUAUAAGGUGAAUUGUAUAUUUGCAUGUCUCAUAUAAAAUCUUAUUGAAUAUAUUUGCAG